AUGAAAACCGCCUCGCUCACAUCCGUGAGGAUUGUUAUUGUCUACACCGCUGCUACUGUCCACACCGCCGUUCCUGUCUACACUGCUGUUUCUGUCUACACCGCUGCUCCUAGCUACACCACUGUUCCUGUCUGCGCCACCUUUCUGGUCAUUUGUGCAACGCUCUCACUGUGUAUUGUCACCGACCCGCUGGAGAUUGUUUCCACCGCUAUGAAAAACUGUUCGUUUUUGAGGGGGGGGUAUGUUACCGCCAAUAUAACUUCGGCAGUUUCCUUUUUAUAUCUGUCGAAAUUGCCUAACGCUGUAAGAGCCAAAUUUGAGAAUUCUUUGGGCCCUGACGACUUACCUGCUUUUGACCACCUGAUGAAAUUCAUUUCCAACCAAGAAAAAUCGCUGGAGGUAACCGCCAUCAAUGAGGUGAGCGAACAGUUAUCUAGUGCUAGUUACACCGCUAUACCAACCGCAAAAGUGAAGACUGAAGAUCAUUCACAAGUAGUAAAACCGCAAUUUACUGAAAACAAAAGUGGCAGCAAUCUGUGUGUACUAUGCAACAUUCCUCAUCCAUUGUACAAAUGUGAGCGCUUUAGGAAGGAACCGAUCAACAAACGAAUGGAUAUUGUCAAGCAAAACCGCAGAUGCUUCGGAUGCCUCGGGUCCCACCUCAAAGCCAAAUGCAAUUCACUGUCCUCUUGUCGUGCAUGUAAAUCAAUCCAUCACCAUACCCUGCUAUGCAAAAAUAAUGAGAGUUCACAAUCCUUUUUAAUUGCUGAACGCCGACCAGAUCGCUACCCUUCUGGCUCUCAUAAUAGGCCUACCAUAUCUAGUUACCAACCAGCUUCCACCUCUGGAGGUGCUAGCUGUCGCUCCCCGCCACCAGGAUUUGAACCAAUGUCAACACAGCGGUUUACCGAUAACAUACACUCAUCACAAUAUGUAAGUAAUUCAUGUUGUACCGAUUCGAGAAUCCCGAAAAACACGACCAGUCCCUCACGGUCUUCUUCGUCACCUUUUGGCACAGCGCCUGUGACCAAUAUCUCAACCCCAACCCGCAGUUCAUCCACCGGCAUGCCGGACACCUUCAGUGGCUGUGCACAAGUGAAAGCUGUACACGCUUCUGCUUUACUGGGCACCGCUAUCGUUGCCGUUGUUGAUCAAUACAACCGAUCACAAUUACUACGUGCUGUAUUGGAUUGUGGCUCCAUGAGAUCGAUUAUCACUACCCGAGCUGCCCAGCAACUUGGUAUCACCAUCAUGCCCGCACGCAUUCAGAUUAAUGGUAUCUCUGAACAAGCGACCGCUGUAAAAGGUACCACUCAUUUGACACUGCUAUCUCGACCGCAGUUUAACACCUUUCUCCAAACUGAAGCCCUUGUCUUAGAGCAAAUAGCUGGUGACCUACCCGCUUUUCCAAUCAGCAGUGAGCUCAAAACCUCACUUUCACAUUUGGAUCUCGCUGACCCUGGUUUUGACCAACCCAAUAGGAUAGACCUCUUGAUUGGAGCUGACAUUUAUCCUAAUGUAUUUGUUUCUUCCGCCAAUGCUAUUAUACCAGGAAAUCCCGCUGCCUUCGCCACUAUAUUUGGCUAUGUUCUGAGUGGAAAGCUAAAUAUUGAGGACUCGCCUGCUCCGCUUCAUCAGAUGCAACUUAUCUGCACCAUGUUUGCCCGCGAAGAACCGCUUGCUGAGGUCAUGAACAAGUUUUGGGAGACUGAAGAUGUCCAAAUAAAUGCGAAACUCUUAUCACCUGAAGAUGAACUCUGUGAACAGCUCUAUGAGUCCACUACCUACCGCAAUGAUGAAGGCAGAUAUGUAGUCGCACUCCCCUUCAAGCCUAGCGCGCCUGUUCUUGUUUCAAACCGCAAGCAAGCUUAUCGAAGUCACCUUGGAUUAUUAAAACGCUUGGAAAAUUCUUCGGAACUAAAGAAGAAAUACGACAACUUCAUGACAGAAUAUCAUGAGCUUGGCCAUUUGGAACUUGCCAAAUCCGCUUCUGACUAUGUGAUUCCACACCAUGCAGUUUUUAAAAAUAAGGACCCCACUCAGAAAAUCAGGGUGGUGUUUAAUGCUUCCAGCAAGGAUACCAAUGGGCAUUCACUAAAUGAGAAUUUGUUACCAGGGCCAAAACUGCAGUCCAAUAUUAUUCAAGUAUUGACCAAAUUCCGCACUUACAAGUACAUUGUCCUUUCUGAUUGCAAGCAGAUGUAUCGCCAGAUUUUGUUAAGGCCUGAAGACUGCCGUCACCAACAUGUUUUUUGGAAACCUAAUUAUCAUGAACCUGCAAAAGAAUUUGAACUUAAAACCGUAACCUAUGGGCUUACUUCCAGUGCUUAUUUAGCGCAACGCACAUUGCAACAACUUGUCAAGGAUGAAGGAGAAGCAUUCCCUCUGGCAAGUAAAGUUUUAACAAGUCAAACUUAUGUUGAUGACCUGCUGGGAGGAAGUAACAAUUUUUCUGAAGCACAAACGCUUAUUUCUGAACUGAUUGAGUUAUUGUCGCUUGGCUCCUUUGAACUUCGGAAAUGGAACUCUAAUACUCCUGAAUUGAUCGCUAACUUGCCUGCAGAAUUUUUGGAAAAUCAAGAUUGUAUGUUUGAUGACAACGCUACUGCAAAAGUUCUUGGAAUUGUCUACAGCCCGCUCGCGGACAACUUUCGCUAUUUCAUUUCUCCUUUUAAUGGGCAAAUCACUAAAAGAACCGUUCUAUCAUUCAUCGCUCGAGUCUACGACCCCCUUGGGUGGCUCACUCCUCUCAUAAUGCUGUUCAAGCUAUUCAUGCGCACGCUGUGGUCUCAGCAAUUAGCUUGGGACACUGAGGUUCCAGCCUCACUUCGAGCUCAUUGGGAGCUGAUUACCGCUGAAAUUUCCCGUUUGGACAAUGUUGUAAUCCCGCGUUUACUCGCCUGUAACCGCUCUACUACCCGGCUGCUUGGAUUCGCCGAUGCCUCCGAAAAGGGGUUUGCUGCUUGUAUAUAUAUUCAUGAAGAGACUGAAAAUAGAUAUGUUAACUGCCGUCUCAUAGCCGCCAAAAGUCAUGUCGCCCCGCUGAAAACUAUGACAAUUCCACGCCUGGAAUUGAUGGGUUGUUUGCUGCUUGCUCGUUUACUAUCCGCCAUCUUACCUACGCUGUCCGAAUAUGAUUUACAAGAAAUUCGACUCUACACCGAUUCCAAGACUGCCUUGGAUUGGAUCAACACACCCACAUACAAAUUGCAGAUUUUUGUUGCCAACAGAGUACAGCAAAUUACUCAGUUAACAAAACUUGAGUCAUGGCAUCACGUUACUUCUGCUAACAACUGUGCAGAUAUUGCUUCGAGAGGCUUGACUCCCGCUGAAAUCGUCUCCUGCCAUGAUUGGUGGCACACUACCAAUGCGUUUCGUUGUCUCGCCACUGACUUUCCCGUGUCCAAUCAUCUUGUUUCCAACAUUGUACCUGAGAUGAAAACUAACCCGCUGUACAUUCUCGCUACUGUUGAAGAACCAAUUGAGAAUCGUUUGUAUACCGCUAUAGAACGUGUAUCCAAAUUUGGAAAGCUAUGUCGUAUUUUUGUCUACAUACUAAGAUUUGUCAACCGCAUCAAACCAGCCCGUUAUGAAUAUCGCUGCAAAAUAGUCAAACAGAUUGAAACCUGUGAAACGCCUGCCUCAAUUGACACCACCGCCUGUGAAGCUGAAAUAGCUAGAAAACUCAUUGUUCAUGUUGUGCAACGGGAUAAAUUUCAGAAGGAAAUAACAGAGUUGAAAGCUGGAAAAUGUCCUAAGCAUCUACUAACGUUGCAACCGUACAUUGAUGAUUACGAUUUGAUACGCUUAUCUGGUCGUCUUGAGCACGCUCCGAUUUCUAGUGAAGCUAGAAAUCCAUUAUUGCUGCCGAAAAAUGAGCAUGUAUCCUCACUCAUCAUUCGACACAUACAUCUUCAAAAUUGUCAUGCCGGUCCCCGCACCACACAAGCAGCUGUUUGCCAACAGUAUUGGAUAAUCUCUGCCCGCAAUCAAGUUCGCCGCAUAAUACAUCAAUGUGUCAUUUGUAACCGCUUUUGCCGCACCAACCUACAGCAACGUAUGGCCCCGCUACCUGCUGAACGAGUCACCGCCAAUAGACCAUUCAAUUUAACUGGCUUGGACUUUGCUGGUCCUUUCUCAUGCAAAACAUCUUUAUUGAAACGCACACAAACAACAAAAGGUUAUCUGUGCAUAUUUGUAUGUUUGACCACCAAAGCUACUCAUCUAGAGUUCCUGUCCUCGAUGUCUGUCAACAACUUCAUCGCCGCUCUACACCGAUUUAUUGCCCGCAGAGGUGCGCCGCACACUCUGUUUUCAGACAACGCUAAGACUUUCACAUCCGCCGCAAGAAAAAUGUAUGAGUUAGAAAAACUCUUGAAGACGAUGCCCUCUGAAGUGAAGUGCUUUCUGUCUAACUACGGCAUAAACUGGAAGUUCAUUCCCCCUUAUGCUCCGCAUCAAGGAGGCAUAUGGGAAGCCGCCGUCAAAUCCGCCAAAACACUGCUACACCGCUGUAUUGGGGACACAGCUCUUACAUACGAAGAGUAUGACACCAUUUUCGUUAGAAUUGAAAGUAUUCUAAAUAGUCGACCGCUUACAGAAUUGUCCUCUGAACCUGCUGAAGCUGCCUCCGUGCUCACUCCCGGGCACUUCCUAAUUGGUAGACCUCUUACCGCACCACCGCAACCCAUAGAGACGAAGGAACUAUUGGUCGCACGCCGCUGGAGACUUACAAACCAAAUGACCCAAUAUUUCUGGAAUCGCUGGUCCAAGGAGUACCUAUGCACCUUGAUCAAUCGCACAAAAUGGAAAACCGCUGAAAGAAACUUGCAACUUAACGAUUUGGUCAUAAUCAAAUCUGUCAACACCUCUCCUCUCAGCUGGCCGUUAGGCAGGAUUAUUGCGCUACACCCUGGUAAAGAUGGACUAGUACGUGUAGUCACUAUCAAAUGCGCAUCUGGGAACAUUGUUCGAGACAUACGCAAAGUUCACCGCAUCAUUUGA